CGCCUCGAAAAAGUUGGCUCCAAAAAGCAGCAUCGCUGCAGGUAGACUGCGCGAGGCAAGGCCAGCACUGCUGCUGCAUCGCUGUUGCUUGGCCUGCGAGCGCAAGCAAUCGUAGGCACGGCACACCAAGCGGCACCAGAGGCAGCAUAAGCGAUGGCGGGCUUCGAGGGCGCCCUGCCCCUCGACGCCUUCGACGUCUGCGCCGCGAAUCCCGCUAGAGAACAUGUGGCGGAGCCGGACGCCGCGCUCAAAUUGGUGGAGGAAUUGAGCAACGGCCAAGCGUUACGUAAAAUAAAACUGAGCAACAAGUCCUACGGCGCGAAAGCCGCGAAGGCCAUCGCCGAGAAGCUCGCGUCGUUGAGAGGCGUCAAGGACGUCGACGUGAGCGACGUUAUUGCUGGAAGGCCCGAGGCCGAAGCGCUCGAAGUGUUAGAGACGCUCGCAACAGCACUAGCAAAAGCCUCGGGCUACGGCGACGCCAAACGAUCAAGAAUCACUUCAUUAGAUGUGUCGGACAACGCCUUAGGGCAAAAAGGUCUCGAUGCUUUGCUACCGUUGUUCAUGGGAGCCGCCCCUCUAGUCCACCUCAAGACGUGCAACAACGGCAUGAGCAGUGCAGCAGCCCACCAGCUCAAAGAUGUGUUGACGAGCAAGGGCGUCACGUCCUUGGAGUCGUUCCACUAUUUUAACAAUAUGAGCGGUGACGAGGGCGCCAAAGCGAUAGCCGAGAUCGUCCAGAAGUCGCCGGAUCUGACGGACCUGCGGUUCUCCGGAACACGGGCUGGGAGAGCCGGUUCCUUAGUGUUCGCGGAAGCGUUACGGGCAAGGCAAUUGCUCGUGACCGUCGACCUCGCGGAUAACACGUUUGGGACGGACGGGGGCCAGUUACUCGGCGAGUGGCUGUCCGCGGCGAACGGCGCUUCACCUCUCGAAGUGCUCAAUGUCAGAGACUGCUCAUUGGGGGACGACGGCUUCGGCGAGUUGUGUAGUGGACUGGAAAAGUGCGACAACCUGCGCGCUCUGGAUUUCUCGGGCAACGAACUCACGGCGGACGCGUUCACCUCCACAAAAUGGCUCGCUUCCUGUGCUUCGACGCUAGAAGUGCUCCAAGUGGAAGAAAACGAGUUCUCGUCGCGCGGCGCGGGCCGGUUGGCCAAGGGUUUUUCCGCAUCACAGUUCCCCGCUUUAUCAACCUUCGUCUGCCGCGCGUCGGAGAUCGGCUCGCGCGGCGCGCUGGCGCUGGCGCGGGCCGUCGUGAAAGCGGCGCCAUCCCUCAAGGCGUUGGAAUUAGACGGCAACGGUUUGUCGGACGAGGCGCUGGCCGAGCUCGCGACGGUCGUUCCUGCCGAUGUAUUAGGAGAGCUCGAGGACAACGACGAGGACCUGUGCGACGAGGACGAGCUCGACGACGCGGACGACGUGGACGACUUGGCGGCGGCGGUGGCGGGCGUCGCCGUGGCGUAGUAGUGGUGGUGGGGACGUUUAAGUUAUUUUACUG